AUGUCUGCAGUCGAACAUAUCUCCGUUUCUCACCAUAAAUGUUUUGGAAUAAUUUCAAACAACGCAAUUGAGUUCAUAGUGUACGGCUCCUGUGCAUUUUCAGCAAUUUUUUCAUCUGUCUUUAUCAACUCUAGCAUGGUUGAGCUCAUCAAAAAAACAACUGGAGAUAAAAACGCAGAAAAGUCUGCUUCAACGGCGAUUUUAAUCGACGAAUUCGUCUCAUUGAUAAUGGGUAUUCUUUGUACGUUUUUUUUGGACGCUUUAAACAUCCAUAAUGUCCUCCUUAUGGCCUUUAUAAUCACCACCAUGUCAUAUAUAUCUUAUUUUUUGAUGUUGAUACAGGAAUCUAGAAAGCCUUCUAGCAUCUAUGUAAUAUACACAAUACGUGCAAUCUAUUCUAUUGGUAAUACGCCAAGCCUUGCUUGUGUCUUCUCCACCCUUCACCAUAUCUUUGGAAAAGAUACCGAAAAAAUAGGCCGUGGGAGCGCUGUUUAUGGCUUUAUUUGUAUAGUUGCUGCUAUUUCUUCUUCAUUGGGCAUGUCAAAGAUAAAUGACUUUUACGUUUCGUACGGCAUUCUUGCAGUCUCACAGGCCAUUCCUGUUUCACUUAUUCUUUUGGCUUCCAUGAAAAAAAAGCUAACAAAUACAGCGUCAACUGAAUCUAUUUGCAUCGCACUUAAAGAAAAUGCCGAGUAUUCAAUGAAUUUUUUUUUUCGAAAAGGAUCCUUGACCAAGUAUCUUGGGAUAUUUGCUUUAAUAUCAUUGGCAUGGGUCGCUAGGACAACCUCGCUUGCUCCAUAUGCAUUUGUCAAGUUGUGCAUUCCAAAGAACGUUUAUUCAGCAUUUAUGAGGUUUCAUGGAAUUGGUCAAGUUGCUAUGUCUUUUUGGUAUUUUUUUUUCAUGUGUGUAAUUCAGGGAUGUGUCUCGAAAUUUCCAUGCAUCGCUAAAGAGGAGAGGCCUUUUAUCCAAUAUAUUUUCACUGGAUUUCUUGGACUCAUCUUUGCCUUUAUAUCUUAUUUAUGCCUUCUCAGCGGCAAAAACAAAUAUGGUGACAUGCCACUAAUCGGGACUUUUGCCGGAUCCGCUCAAGUAGCCAUUACAUUUUAUCAAAUGGCGUUUCUCUCAACUUUUAUCAAAGAUAUGUCACAAAGUUUAGAUGAACCUGCGCAGAUCAACGGGAUUCGCUCUGGAAUCGUUGGUAUUACAUCGCUUUUUGGAUCCUUGAGCACUUUGAUAAUGUCUCUAAUCACUCUUUUGACCGGAACAGAAGACUCCAAAACAGAAGCAGAAAAGAAAGAAAAGGGAACAAAAAACUCCGAGCCCAAUAAUUCCGCUACAUCCUCUUUCUCUCUCAAUCCGAAAAGCUUCUUUGUUAUUGUGAUCCCCGCAGUGCUUGCAUUGGUGUCAGAGUUUCUCUACCAAGUUAUCAUGCUUCAUUCAAGACAAAACAACAUUUAA